AUGUUCAAGAAGCCAUUGGGAGAGCUGAAGACAACUGCGCCCCUGCGCAGCACUGAUCGCAGGAAACUCAGGCAACGAGUCCUGCAGGCGUUCCCCUCGAUCCCACCAGAAGAAGGGGACGCCUUGGUCGUAUAUCUGUCUCCUGACGGCGACCCACUCUGGUUCACGAUCGGGAAGGGCUCGGAAGACUUAAUCCCCACUGUACACACUCUCUGGAAGCGUCCAGAGAUGCUCCCUUUCCUCUCCACGCCCUCCGCGGUCGUCCCAAAGCUCAUCGGAGGCGCCGAUCUCAUGAUCCCGGGAGUCGUGCAAAGCCCCACCGCUCUGGCACCAGACCAACUCGUCGCGGUGACACAGUACCACAGGGGCGCCAUCGGGCCCCCGCUCGCGGUCGGCCGAAUGGCAGUGUCUUCCGACACACUGAGAUCCGCGGACGAGCAGGAUCUCAGAGGCAAGGCCGUCUACGUCUGGCAUACAUGGAAAGAUGCUCUGUGGGAGAUGGGCCCCAGCAAGAAGCUGACCCCCCUGCACCUCGAGCACCUCCUGCGGACGGAAGACGAACCUUCCGACGGGUCGGACGAAGCGAUCUCUAUACGCGAACUGACUCCUCAAGACGUAUCCGACUAUUUGCAUGCUGCGCUGCUCCACACGAUUGGCGUCACUUUCGCAAGGGCGCCCAUUAUGACAUUCCCGAUGCCUGCCACCACGUUCUGGAGUUCAUACGUCCUGCCGGCACGUCCCGCCUAUGCACUGGAAAUACACGGCCUAUCUGACGCAAGUUCUCUCGACGUCAAGCAUUCGACCCACAAAAACGCGAAGUCAUUCCUCAAGGCUGCUGCGAAAGAAGGUCUGAUCAAGGUCAAAGACGUCAAGGGGGACAUUGUCGUCACAGGCGAGUCUUGCAUCGAGCUCCAUACUCAACUUUCUAAAGGUUCUCGUCCAGGAGUUCACCCAGAGCACCAGGCGGUGCUCAGUCGACACUCCUUCCGCACCCUAGGUGAUCUGGAGGCUAAAUCGAAGCGCGUCGAAGAACUCGAACAGAAAGCCAAGGCGGAGGAAGAGAAGCGCAAGAGCGAGAUCCGGAUCAGAAGGCUCUGGCAACCUGUCCAGAACACAGUUCCGCUCUUCGUCGCAGCAAAGAAAGAAACGUCGGAGAUGUACUCCAUCGCGGACAUCGAGACGAUCGUGAACGAAUACAUCGCCACGAAGAGGCUCGUCAACCCAAACGACCAACAAUACAUCAAUGUUGGCCUGGAAACAGCUUUCGCACUCGCAGUUGCAAAGAAGGGCGAAAAUGAGCUCGAGUUCGUGAAGCGCGACGAUGUCCUCAAGCGCGUUUGCGCGAACAUGCAGGCCUGGCAUGAGAUCGGCGGCGACGACCGCAAGACCGUUCGCGGGAAGGGCGAGAUCCAGCCGAUCGCGGUCGCGGUCAAGGCCCGGAACGGGCGCAAGACGUGCACGUUCAUCACCGGCUACGAGCCGUUCGGACUCGAGACGGACGACCUCGCGGACGGGCUUCGCAAGGCGUGCGCGAGCUCGACGUCUCUCAGCCCGGUGGAGCGCAAGACGUGGAUCCAAAUCAUGGUUCAAGGGAGCCAGACGAAGGCCGUCGUCCAGUUCUUGUCUGCCCGCGGGGUUCCGGAGCAGUGGAUCAAGUGCUCAGGAGAAAAGAAGAAGAAAGGCAAGAAGUAA